AUGGACCAAGAUGAUAAUGGUCCCGAGUACGGUACCAGUGGGCAGCCUGGGGAGGAUAGCUCACACAGAGCACCUCCCCAGGCUCCCAAUGGUCCGUACCGGGCCAUUUACCCAGACUUGAUUACGGCAAGAGCUGCAAAGGCAGCUAGAAUCGAAAACGCAAUUCUGGAGGCCCAUGACAGUGGAGUCUUCUCCAACGCUCCGACCGACCCUGCGCAUCAGAGAAUCUACAUAAAGCGCCUGUACGAUGCAUUCCUUUCGGUCGAAACUGAGGGAGACAACGCCAUUAUCGACAAACCUUGCAAGAAUGGCAAGAUGUCCCAAGCGGCUUUAAAGUUCCAAAAUGGUCGCUAUCCAUCUCAUGCCAUUGAGGAAGUUUGCUGGGAGGUUUUUGACAAGGCUAGCACAUCACAACUGGAUGUGAGACUCUUGGAGCCAUACCAUGACUCCAAAUUUGAAGGAAUAACAAUACAUUCUUCAUUCAAUUAUCGUUGGGCAUCUAUCGUCAACGCCUGUGCUCGCUCCAAGGCCUUGUGCAAGAUGUUGUUGGAUCCUCCGUACCUUGAGCGAUUCGUCAGUCACCCACAAGCUGAACUCAAGAUGAAGUUAAAUAACAAAAAAAUCAAUGCUCAGCGCGACGCCCAAAAUGAAAUUGGUCGCACUUUCUUGAGCAAGGGACUCGGCAAGGAAGAGGCUGCAGAAGCAAUUGCUGCUCUACAUCCAGACGAAGAAGAUUCGUUCGAUGAGUUUGCCUUCACCGGACCUCGCCAGCAAUCCGCUGGUAAUGCAGCUGGACCUACCACACCACUCGCUCCUGUCCGUGUUCAACCUCCUCGAGCUGCUACGAAUUCCACCAAGCGAAAGAAGAUUUCUGAGUCUGACGAUGAUGAUGAUGAAGAAGACGAAUACGUUGACUCUGCCGUUAGAUCGAACAUCAAACCAAGCCUCAGAUCUCGCCGAGCCACUUUAAAGACUCCCACGCGAUCCAACACUAGUAACUCCGUCAUGGAAAAAACACCACAGAGCAAAAAGGCAAAGUUACCUUCAACUGCUGCUCGUCAACGUCGCAUGGAUGAAAUUGCUUCACAAAAGUCGCAGGCCGAGAUUGAUUUAGAAGCCGAUGAAAAAUACAGGACGACCAUUUGUAGGCUUCUUGGUAUCAGUGCCAAGCACCCUCAAGUAAAGGCUUACAGCCUUGAGGACCUGAGGUACUAUGCGAGAGCUUACAAUGGUGAGUAUGCAGGAACAAUCUGGACUCACAAGGAUUACCCCGGAUAUAGUGGUGACCGCUGGAUUCUUACGGACAGAAACAACGUCGCGUAUACUCAUUUUUCUCAACUCAUCAAAGCCUUGAUGCCUCUUGCUGCACUCCGUGGAGAUUAUGUGGACGGUCAAUUGAAUCUGGAGACCAAAAAUAUUAUCUUCCAGCCCAAAAACCCGGCUGAUCGCGAAGCUCUUGGUUCCACCGCGAACAAUUUUGGUUUCCAUGCUGCCUACCCUGCUCCUGUCAAUAUCAAGUCUCAUGGAAGCCCUGAGAUGCUCACAGAAGAAGCUUCUUUCUCUGCUCCUGCUCCUGCUCCAACUAGACAGCCUGCCGUACAAAUGGCCUCAUAUCAGCCUUACCGCCAAGAACUUUACCAGGGCCAAGGUACCUAUGAUCAGUCUGGCCUACAAUAUCCAUCCUACAACCAGAAUCACGGUAAUCAAAGUUUUGGUAACCUUCCCCACUCAUAUGGUUCUGCUAGUCGGGCCUAUAGUCACAAUUCGUUCCAACAGGCAACUCUUGGUAACCAGCAAGCCUUCGGCACUCCUCAUUCGACUUAUGGCUCUCCGGUUAUAGGUUAUAACUCUCAACCUGGCAACAUUUAUGAUAACGGUCUCACCUUUACUGGUCGCAAUAACAACGUCUAUGCUGCUUCUCUUAGAGGUCAAAAUACCGGUUAUACUGCUGGUCAUGCUGCUCAAAGCACCGCACAUAAUACCCCUCAAGUUGGUCACAACACCAACCUCACCUCUCCUUACCCUGGUCAUAUCACUGGUCUCACUAUUCCUCGCCAUGGUGACUCUCAAUAUCCAGAUCCUGAUGAGUGCUCAAGUCAGCAAAGACAACAAUAG